UGGGCGAUGCACACGUGUGGGCGUUAACAUUUCCGUUUAUCAUUGCAUGAUUUUCUUGGCAUUUUUGUAGUAACAGUUUGCACUCGAACGGAUCUCAAGGAGCAGGGCCCACCGUCGGAUCCCGUGAACAGUCGGGCCUGGGGCCUGAACACCAGAGCUGGCAACCGUCUCACGAACUUGGUCCGGCUCAUAACCGCUCGCGCCCUUGGCUUUGCCCCCACCAUCUUCCCCCGCCUUCUUUCAAAGUUCGAACAACCGCCUUCCCUCCUCCUCCUCCUCCCCUCGCCCCCUCUUCUUCGUCCACACCAAGAACUCGAUCCCUGCCCAUGGAGCAACACGAGCGCUCGGCUGUUGAUCCGCUCGAGGGGCAGACGGAGCAGGGCGAGGAGGAUCCCGCUCCGUCGGCGGUUCUCGCCGGCGAGGUGGCCGGCGCCAAGGAGGGCGAGCAGGAGCGCGUCCCGGAGACGCACAAUCCCGUCGGCGCCGCCGCGUCGGAGGGCGCCAGGAAGCAGGAUCUUGACGAACCUUCGCCGGAGUCGGACGAGGCCGCGGCGGCGUCUGCCAACAUCAAGAGCGAAGACCGCGAGGCGUUGGAGGACCCUAUGGAGACUCACUUCGAGUUCCGAUCGGCGGCUGCCGAUGCGACGCCGCCGUACACCUCCCUCCGCGCACGGUCAAGGAAGCAGGCCGGACCGACGAAGUUCACUGCCGUGGGAGCUCCCGACGGUGCCGGCUCCGAGGCGCCUGUUCUUGGCGCGUCGUCGUCUUCGUCGCCGGCGCGAGCGGCGGGUACGCACGAGGACUUCUCAGCGAUGGCCGUGCCCGGCGACACGGUGGCGAUCGCCCACGCCUCGCCGCCCGACUCCAACCGUCGCCUGCCGUCGCGAAACAGGAAGCAGUACUCCCCGAUGCGCUUCGCCUCCGCGGGGGCAUCGACUUCGACCGGCGCACCGGCCGCAGGCGACCCAGCUCCCCCUGCUCGAGGCAGGAAGCAGCCCCGGCCCGAGCACUUCAUCCCGGAGGAAGCGGCAGCCACGGCCGGCGCCAAAGCUCGCCGGGCCAACAUCGUCCUCGACAGGUUCCUCUCGUCUACCAUGGCCCGCGGCUCCUCAGCUUCGGACUGGGCGAGCGACGUCACGGCGGAGGACGCGGGCCAGCCCGAGCGCCCGCGCGGCGUCGAGAGCUUCAGGAUCAGGGACGCGAGCCGCCACGCCGCGCGCGCCUGCGGGCUACGCGUCGCGAUCAGCCGCCUCGGAGCCUCGUGCGGCGGCGCAUCGUCGCCGUCAACGGCGGCGCCAGGAGAGCCCGAGGGGAGCGGGAGCGGGAGGAUGUACGGCAUCCUCGCCGUCCUCGGCGCUUCUCUGGCGCUCAGCGUGGUGUCCUGCGUGCUGUUCUACCUCGUCGGUCGGGGGAGCGAGGCUGCUCCGUCCGGAGAGAACCAGGACAAGUGAGCGGUCUGAGCGAUUCAGGAUUCAGCAAAGGGGAUAGCUGCAUAGUGGAUCAGAGCACAUUUUGGUGUUCCUCUUCUCUGAAGUUUACAUACCUUGAAAUCCCUUGGUGCUGUUUCUGUUCUUCAGUGACAGUUGAUGGUCAGAUUUUUUUUGUUUUAACGGGCCAGGGAGGGAGGGGGGGAUCUUUGAGUUGAAGCUGUAUGCAGUUGAUUUCUCCACAUAUUAAGAUCAGAGAUGAUGUGCCAUGAGGUGAUCUUUGAGUUCAGCUGUAUGCAGUCAAUUUAUCCACAUAUUUAUGAUCAGAGAUAAUGUGCCAUGGUGACUUGUAUGUACCUGAAAUUCAGAAUGAACUCAAUCUACCAUGUGAGUGCCUGCGACACACUCAGGUUGCAGUUUCUCAAA